UUGUUGUUUGCACAGAGUACCUUUGUCCUUUGUAUAAACCGAACUGGUUGCUUGGUUGUUUGCUGUUCGAGAAAUUUAUUCUACACCACUAAAAUGGGUAUGUUGGCUGCUCUCGCUGUUAACAUUGUCGGUGGGGCGGUCAUUUACGGAACAGCUGGUAUUGGUGCUCCAUUGGUAGCACCAUUGCUGGGUUUCAGCAGCAGCGGCAUCGUGGCUGGAAGUACUGCCGCUGCCGCCCAGGCGUACUACGGAAACCUUGCUGCUGGGAGUAUAAUUUCCCAACUGACAUCAAUUGCUAUGGUAGCACCUACUCCAUAA